GUCAAGUGCAGCGUCAAUGCAAGAACCGUCGCAGUUCAUCCGCAGCCAUUAGAAGGGUUGGCAUGUCAGCUUCGUCAGCUCCGGUUCGAUAGAGUAACAAGAAGAAAAAAGAUACAAACGGUUGCGUAAAAAAGGGCACACAAUCGGGUGGCCGUUUUUGUACUGCUGACUAGACGAUUCUACCGCUCUGCUAAACUCUUCUCCCACCCCCGCCCCAGUAGUCGCGAUCACUGAUUCCUCGGUUCUCUGUGUGUGUGUGUGUGAGUAUUUUUUUCGGUUUUUUUACGCCUUACGCACCGAUCUUGUCGUUGCUUUUCGCGCAUAGAGGUCUCGUGGUCGUGUUUCCACUUGAUCGACGCGUUCGACAGCGCGGUGGUGGUGGUGGUGGUGCGGGAUUUAGCUCGAUCGUGCGGUCGGAUUUCGUGCUGCCCGCUCGCGGCCUAUCAGUCGGUGCCGGUCGCUCGGGUACGUUGCAGAGUCCGCAGUUCCACAGCCUUCGCGAAAAAGCCUGCGCGCAAACCUCGCCUCGCUGAGUGCGGUUUUGGGACGGAUCGGUGCAAUAAUGCGACUCUGACCGAUAUCCAGAGCGAUCCUAAUGCAGUAGGCGGGCACGGCAGGCCCAACCAAAGGGAAAGAGUGGAACCUGGCGGAAGAUGUACUAUGGCAUACACUGAUAAUCUGAUCAACUCCGUCCCCGUUCCGCUGUACGUACGUAUACUGUUGCUGCUGCUGCUGCGAUUGGAUCUUCCGGAAAGGGCUGGCCACUAUCGCGCGAUUGGCGUUCGCUCACGAAUGAUCGCAAUUUCCGCCUGUUAAAGGAGCUGUACGUGUACGUUUUUUUGUGAUCAAUGCGCUGUGUACCUGUGCUGUUCUUACCCGGUGAAACAAUACUCAGCCCUCAAGCCCUAAUCGGAUCGCCGGAAACGAUCACACCACGAGCGAUCGAAAGUGUGGCCACGCAUCGAAUACAUCAUUUUUUGUGAAGUGGUAAUUGAUUGCAUAAGUAGUUGCAGCGUGAGUGCGUGCAAGCAGUGUGUGUGAGUGUGUGUGUGUGUGUGGACCUAUGGGUCAACUAUCUCCUUGAUCGAACCGGUGCGUUCGCGUUCAUGCGGAGAUCUGGAUCGGUUGUGCUGAUGCUCUGGGUAGUGAAUUUCAUUAAAUGUACGUACCUGAUGCGUAGCGUGUGAGUGUGUACGUCAGUGUGUAAUAGUGCUUUUGCCCAGCGUAAUCAGUGCAUCGGAGACAACAGUGUAUACCUGCACAUCCUCCGAUCGCUAUCGGAGGAUAAACGCGAUCAGCCUCAGCACCUUAGGAAAGGAGAUAACCGACAGGUAGAUCGCAGCGACUCUCGCUUCAGCUGGCGUAAGGUGAGAAGCUUUACCUCUCCGGUUCGCUUCGAGUAACUGAAACGAGUGAAUCUGAACGUAAAACCAGUACCUCGGGGCAAAUGUGAAUGAAUGCGCAAAGCCGGGAGAAGGAGUAGCAUGGAAUUCUAGUCCCAGCGGAGUGGUUGAUCCCGCACGGUAGACCUCCGCCACGUUUAUUCCAUCGUCGGAGCAGGUGGAGUGAUGUGGUGCUGAUCAGUCUGACGGUUAGAAGGAGAGAAAGCUUACACUACCGUGCGUGUGUGUGUGAUUUUAUUUGUUUGAUCCUAAGCAUCGAGAUUUUCAGUUUUCGUUUUUACUGUGCGUGAUCCCGCGUGUACUGCGCUGCAUUGCCGGUGGAAUCCCGUGGAAAACGUGUCGCGAUCGGGCACAGUGUUGUGCAAAAGUGUAACGAAAAGCCUCGACUAAAGUGAAACCCCUUUUUGCUUGCUUGCAAGCCUUAAUGAACAUCGUCGUUUGGUGCGUAGAGCUGCAGUGCAGGGAGAGUAAAACCCGUUUAGCUGUGUGCGCUGUUCGGCGGGCUAGGUAGCCCAGGCCCAAUGCCCAGACAUGACACCGAAGGAGUGGUUCGCUUUGCUCCUGUUCUACGCGGCGUACCUCUUCAUGGGCGCCAGCGUGUUCUAUCAUGUCGAAAACGAUCUGGAGACGGAGCGGCGGGCCGAAGAGUUGGCCGAGCGGAUCGAAAUUAAUGAAAUGCUCGUUCGCUACCUGUCACCGGAAGAUAUGGAGCUGCAGCGCAAACUGAUCGGCCGGCUGGACGAAUACUGCGGCAGCAGGGUGACCAACUAUACCGAGGACGAGUAUGAACCACCGUACGUGUGGGAUUUUUAUCAUUCAUUUUACUUCGCCUUUAUCAUUUGCUCUACCGUCGGUUACGGUAACAUCUCGCCGCACAACACGUUCGGGCGCAUCUUUUUAAUAUUUUACGCACUGAUCGGCCUCCCGGUGAAUGGGUUCUUCUUUGCGUACGUCGGCGAGUUCUGGGCCCGUGGGUUUGUGCGGCUGUACCGGCGCUACAAGGCGUAUAAAUUAUCCGCCAACGCCGGGUACGCACCGCGGCGCAUCAGCUUCAUCGGGCAGAUCGUGCUGUACCUGAUACCGGGCGUGAUCGUGUUCAUCUUUGCGCCGGCGUGCGUCUUCACGUACUUUGAGCAGUGGCCGUACGACGUGUCGGUGUACUACUCGUUCGUCACGCUGACGACGAUCGGAUUUGGCGACUAUGCCGCCUCGUUCCAGCCGUCCCAGCAGCACGAGUUCGGUUCGCUGUUUACCGUGUACAAGAUAUUCAUCAUCUUUUGGUUCUUCGCUGGCAUCGGGUACAUCUUUAUGAUAUUGGGCUUUAUUGCGAAAGGCAUAUCGCACAAAAAGAUUCAACAGCUGGAAAAGCUGGUCGCUUCCAACCUGAAGGAAACGCAGCACCGUGUGUGGAACGGAGUUACCAAAGACAUUAGUUACCUGCGUAGGAUUCUCAACGAGGUGUACAUGCUAAAGUUUAAGCCCGUGUACGAGGAACCUUCGGACCGGUGGUUAAGCCUGUCGAAAAGCAGAUCAAGCUCGUGCCCGGAGCUGUCGAUGUACCGGCCGCCGGAGCAGCCCACCAUUCGGCGCAAGCGCGCCAACUCGGAAAGUGCUCUCGUGUUUGCAGCGACACGGCCGGUGGACGGUGGAUCGCUGGUGCGCCGGCUCUCCGACACCGACCUGAACCGCAUCAAUCGGGAGAAAACGUUCGGCGUGCAGGCACUGGUACAGCCGGCCGAGCUGCUGGCGCGCGUCGUAACCGCGCUGGGCAACAUUACCGCCAACCAGGACGACAACCAGAGCUUCCUCGAGCGAGCCUCGCUGAACGCGGGCGUCAACUGCUUUUCCGACUCGCAGAUACUGGCCAGCGAGCGCACCUGGUCCGGCUGGUCGAUGAGCGGAUCGGACAAGAGCGCCUACCUGACGGCACCGCCGAUGCGGCCGCGGGCCGCAUCCGACAUUGGCGUUCCGCCGCAUCUUAGCUCACAGGAUGCGAACGAGUGGACGUGGAGCGGCGGAGACAACAGCCAGAUACAGGAGAUCCUGCAGGUACGCCAGAAGGUAAAGCAGAAGGACAAUCUGCUGCGGGCCGCCCUCUCCAACAACGUCAACUUUGACUCGAGCCUCACCAUCAACAUGCCACCGACGGGCCGGGAAAGCAAAGCGUCCGCCGUCAACCGGAGCGUGCUGCAGCGAUUGAACCCGUUCCGUAAGCGCUCCAAGCAGCUCGCCCCGGCGGACAUCGAAACGGCCCCCGGACUCGAUUCGUACCUUGCCGCCACCGGCAAGGGGCGCAGCUCGAUGUUUAACCUGCCCACCUCGUCCUACCUGAGCGCGACGUCGCGCGGGCGCGGCAGCAUCCUCUCGAUGCCGCCGCAGGACGAGCAUCUUCUCGAAACGACCACCAUUGGCGAUCUGUUGCGCGCGCUCGAGCUAAUGCACACGGACACGGUGACGGCCGGUGCGGGCCAGCACCGGGGAAGCGUCGGCACGGGCGAGCCGCAGGCCGCUACACUGCACCACCGGGCGGGCCGCCACCAGUCGCAACCGUUCGCCGGCGGGGCGAGCAAUCUGCCGUCGCUGCUGACCCUGUUCACGCCGCCGAUCGAGGCGGGCGGGUCGCGCCGUGGCUCGCUGAAGCCGCCGCUCGGUCGCACCGGCAGUGCCGAUUCGGCCCCCUCCGUCCUGCGGCGACCCUCGUUCCGUCCAACGAAUCCACCCUCCUACUCGGCCACGGUGUCCGGGUCGCCGGCCGGUGGCGGUAGCCCAACGCUCGGCAUUAUCGGUCCGUCGCCCAAGCCGAUCCGGCGUCGGUUCAGCGUCCGCCCCUCGAACCUGGCCUAUCCACCGGGGCACUGUCCGCGGCCGCCAGCCGGGCCAACCGGUGGGCCCGAGCUGCCCGGCUCGCCGCACAUCAGCUCGUCGUCCCAGUCGCUGCACAAUCUGCCGACGACGACGCUCCAGCGCCGGCUGUCGUCCCGUCCGAGCCCGCUCGCUACCCACCAAUCGUCCCAUCUGACCGUACCGUCGGCCGGUGGCACGGCUGGCGUCGCACCAGCCGGACCCCAGGGACCCCAGUUCCGCUGGCGGCCGAAUCUGAUGCGCUCGGACUCGGACCAAUCGACCGCGGUCAGUGGGCUGACCGUGCCAAACAGUGGCCGCAACCGGCACAGCAGCCUGUCCAAUCUGUUCGACGAGAAGCGUUAGGGUGCUGGGGCACAACCGCGGGUAGAAUUAGUAGCAUUAGCAACAAAACACCAGUGUGGAAGGCGUACCACCAACAUCACCACAACCACCACCAACGCAGCAACGUAUCAGUAUUGUAACGCUGUCCCGGUGGGCCAACAGGGGGCGUUGCCCCGGGACAGCGCGUAGAGAUGUAUGAAAUUAUUUAUGCCAGAGCAGCAAGGGGGAAGACAACUAUCUGAUGCCAUUCCAACCAGUCAUUAUGCGGUAGUGCGGAAGUUAUUGCAGUAGCUUGUAGGUUUACACAGUGGCCCAUCGAGAUCUAUGGCAUGCGGACCAGUGGAAGAUUGUGGAGCGAUCGUGAUCGUCAAACAGUACACAGUGACAGUUUUGUGAACGGGAAAACGGAACAAAAAACAGAGCUAGCUGAGCGAAAAUAAAGCAGCCAAGUGGCCGAGUUGCUUACCGGCCACUGUCUACCGUCCCUUUAAA